AAUCACAGACGCGUUAAUAUUAAACCAAAGCUGGUAUGUCCGAUCUUCUCUACACGUCUUGAAUGCAGCGUUUGUUCCGACAGCGGAGGAUGGGCAGGAUCAGGAUCAGGAUGGGCAGCUACAAGCUUGUCUGCGUCUCUGCAUUAACAGCAGCAUUCUUGUGAUGCUCGAUGACAGACUUUUUGAAAUUCUCCUGAGCUAAAAAACCACAGAGGAAGAAGUGACAGGGAGAAAGGAUGGACUCCAUCUCCAUGAUGGGCAGCAGCAGAAGCCCUGUGUUCCUCACAGCCUCCUGCUCCCACCACCACCACCAUGCCCAGGCCCGUUUCUUGCCCAAUGGCAUGAAGAACGGAGUUGGAGUUGCUGAUGCAGGGACCUCCUGUUUGCUUGGUCAGCCCACAGUGGCCAUCCUGGGCUCAGGUGACUUCUCCAAGUGUCUGACCAUACGCUUGCUGCGCUGUGGCUUCCACGUGGUGGUAGGCAGCCGCCAUCCCAAACUGGCAGCCCAGUCAUUUCCUCAUGUGGUGGAUGUGACCCAUCAUGAAGAUGCUGUGGGGAAGGCCAGCAUUGUGUUCAUGGCAAUCCGCCGUGAGCACUACUCCAUCCUCUGGGACAUCAAACAUCUACUGGAAGGUAAGAUCCUUGUGGAUGUGAGUAACAACAGGAGGGUGAACCAGUAUCCAGAGUCUAAUGCUGAAUAUCUGGCAUCACUGCUGCCAGAUUCCAUUGUUGUAAAAGGCUUCAAUGUGGUCUCAGCCUGGACCUUGCAGCAGAGCUGCCCCAAAGAUGCCAGCACACAGGUGUUCAUUUGCAGUGACUCAGUGGAAGCUAGACAGCAGAUCAUGGAACUAGCCCGUCAACUCAAUUUCCAGCCAGUGGAUAUGGGCACUCUGUCUUCUUCACGGGACAUUGAGAACCUGCCCAUACAAUUAUUUCCUGGCUGGAAGGGACCUGUCCUCGCUACCGUGGCCCUCUCCAUCUUCUUUUUUGCCUACUCUUUUAUACGAGAUAUCAUCCACCCAUACGUGAAAUACAAGCAGAGUGACUUUUACAAGAUUCCCAUAGAGAUGGUGAACCGAACACUGCCCACUGUUGCCAUCACUCUUUUGGCCCUAGUAUACCUGGCAGGCCAGCUGGCAGCCGCCCACCAGCUCUACUAUGGUACCAAGUACAGACAUUUCCCACACUGGCUGGAGGGCUGGCUGCAGAGCCGGAAACAGCUGGGCCUCCUCAGCUUCUUCCUGGCUGCUGUCCAUGUUCUCUACAGCCUCUGUCUGCCUAUGAGGAGGUCUGAGAGGUACCUGCUGCUCAACACUGCAUACCAACAGAUCCAUGCUAAUGUGGAAAAUGCAUGGAAUGAGGAGGAGGUGUGGAGAGGGGAGAUGUACCUAUCCUUUGGGAUUAUGAGCCUUGGGCUCCUGUCGCUCCUGGCAAUCACCUCCAUCCCUUCUGUUAACAGCACGCUUAACUGGAGGGAGUUCAGCUUCAUACAGUCCACUCUGGGCUACAUUGCCCUGCUCAUUGCCAUCUUCCACGGUCUGCUGUUUGGCUGGAAGCGAGCUUUUGAGGAGGAUGCCUACCGUUUCUACCUGCCUCCCAGUUUUGUGGUGGCCCUGGCCUUGCCAGUGUGUGUUAUAAUGGGAAAGGUGUUGAUCCUACUCCCCUGUGUGGCCCGCAAGCUCCACCAGAUCCGUCGGGGCCUGGACAGUAGUCAGUGCCGGUGCCAGCGCCUGGAACCUUUGGGUUCAGCUGUCCAAGUGUCACCUGAGCGAGUUACCAUCAUGUAAUUGCUGCGGCUCAGAGCUGUUUGCUUUGCGUUUAUUGGAAUUUUCACAUGUACUGCUAUAAUUAGCUGAUUGAUUGAAGCAAAUGAACACUAUUUAUUCAUGUGAUUGUUUGUGAUUGAACAGUUAUUGCUGUGGCUCUCAACCCUGGACUGCUGUGUUUCCAUUAUGGUUCUCUGUCUCAUAGAUAAACCUAUAGAAAAUGUUAUUGAUCUGUUUUCUGAUGUAUGCGUAAGAAAAUUCUGUUUGAUGUAUGCCUUCUCUGUGUUGGGUGGUGGGGGGUGCGGACGUGAACUAAAAGAUGUGGCUGUUUACCAUGCAGACAGGUCAAAUAAAAGUGACUAGUGAAGUGCAUUAUGGGAUUUGUAGGAUUUGAUGUUUUUUUUGUGGUUUUUUUUUUUUGGAGCUUAAUACUGAGUUGCAUUAUGGGAAGAGUAGGGUCCAAUAUUGCCCAGAGGGAUACUAGUUGUCUUUAUGGGGAUUAUUUAAGGAAGUUUAGGGAUCAGAUAUACAAAAGUAGAUGUCAUUACUUUCUAAACCAAAACACACAAAGGCAAUAUACAAGUGACCCCCACCCCCCAAAAAAAACAAACAAACAAAAAAAAAAUACAAAAAGAGAAAAAUGUGAUUAUCUUUGAUGAGUGAUAUAUUUGACAUCUAAACUGAUAUCUCUUUACAGUGCUCGUGCAGUCUAUAGCUCUGGUCUAAUAGUGCCUAUGUGAUUAUGUGAUCGUGCCAUCUGUCAAUACUGAACAUAAUCUAUCAUAAACAUGAAAUCCCCAUUGAAAUGACAAAGCUGCAUUGACAGUGACAUUGACAGCUUUUUAGCUCUGCAUGGUCCUGCGGGUUGUGGCCAAUUGUUGUGCAUUUGAAAAAAAAAAAUCAAAAAUUCAUCACAUUUUGAUGAUACAAAUAACUUCAUGACUCACAAGCCAUGGCAACAACAAACAUGUCUAAGCCACAUAUAUCCCUUUGGAAGUCCUUUGGAAGCAAUUUCUAUAUUUGGUUGUGUUUUCUGUUCUUACAGUGUGCUUCUGUAUUUGCAGUAUGUUUCCUAAAUGCAACAUAUGUUUUUAUUCUUACAGCUCACAACAAAGUAUCACUGAACUGCCAAAUGACUACAGGGACUGUCAGUAAAGCUGUCACUGAUUUACACAAUAAUCAGUUUGUCAGUCUCAUUGAACAUACAUGCCAGAUGACUGCUUCUUUUUAGUGUAGCGUACCAUUUCCAUCAGUUUCAUAGUGGGCUGAGUGCUCCUGUACUUAUCUGACUCUUCUUCCAUGAAUGCACAAGCACUUUGAAAGCAAUCCAUCCUUCCAUUGCAUUACAGUCCAGCAAUAUGUAACUGUAACAAAAAAUAAAGCAAAAUGUGUUGUUCAUUGUGAUCCAUAAUCUACCUAAA